CUAAAAAAAUACAAAAAAGUUGUAGACUUACAUGAAAACAUUUUAAAAUUUAUAGCGGUUGUUAAGCAAAGCGUAAAUGAAAUUAUAUUCACUCAUGAAUAUGCUUUUGAUGGAACACUUCGUCAAUAUUUAAAAUUAAAUUUCAACAAAAUCAUUGGAAUGAAAA